AUGCCAGGUUCCAGGAACUUAGAAGCUCUGUUUGAGAAGACAAAAACCUCACUGAAAGGAAAGAGUGGUGGUCAGAGUGAGCAAUCCCAAGAUCCCCCAAAAGUACAGAGGAUUUUCUCUGCUAAAACCUUGCCCAAGAGCUUCUCCCAGGGCUCAGUCCCAUUAAAUCCAUCUGGUAGAGGGAUGACAAGAGGAGCUUCUCUGUCACUGCCCAAGUCUGCAACAACAAGGCUGGACGCAGCUGCAUGGAGGUGUCGUGGACCUUUCAGUCACUGCUUCCUGAGGAGGAAAUCUAACUCAGACGGCCAUGAUGAAGAUAGACAAACGCCCUCACACACUCUGUUCUCUGUUUCUGUCAGUCGCAGAGAGAACGCUGUCCUGAAAGCCGAGCAGAGUAGUGCAGCUGCAGCUAUGGAUGACAGAAGUCUCAAAGCAAGGCUGGAUCGUGUAAAUUCAAUGAAGGGAAAAACCUACAGCCUUCACACGGGGUUCGCACUUGCAAGAAAGGAUGCCUUAGAUAUGGUCAGCAUUUUGCGUUCCAGCCUCGACCAUGUUUCCAGAGGUGAGAAACCCGAGGUCAGUGAGGCUGACAUGGAUACACACUCCCAGCUGCUUUUAAUGCAAGCCAAAGUGCUGGGCAGAGCCUGCACUCAGAUGGCCAUAGAGUACAGCAGCCCAGAGGAGUUACUGCUCACCCUAACGCACAGUUUUCACACACUCUGCUGCUUGGCACAAGCCUGCAUGUCGCUGGUUGAAGGCCUGAGCAGCGAGAAGGAGCGACGUGAGGUGGUAGCCAAGGUGGAUGAGGCUGUCAUGAACUACGUGUGUCUGCUGAAAGCUGCUGAGAUGGCUUCAGGAGGCUCCCCUGGUGACCAAAGUGUGAAUGCAUUGACACAUCACUCAACCACCAUGUCUACUAUUAUAAACACUCUAACUCACUCACUGCAAACACUGCUCAGAAAGUAA